ACGACGCUGCGCUAGACGAGGACGAGGCUACCCCUGGCAAACACUAGCGAUGGCUGAGCCACAGUUUACACCCGAGGAGGUGCAGGAGGGACAAAGAAUCGUGAACUAUGUGAUAACGAAGGGCCUGGACAAUGACACUAUUGUAAAACGAUUCGACGAAAUAAGUGAACAGUACAACAAGGCGCAGACCCUAAUCGGUUACAAGGGGCCGAAAUGGAUGGGCGAAAGCCUGGCAGCUCUGUAUCCCAGCAAUCGAGAGAACGUCAAGAUCCUGGAUGUGGCUGCUGGCACAGGGAUGGCCGCUUUCGAGAUGAGGAAACAUGGAUUUGUUCACAUUGAUGGUCUGGAGCCGUCCCAAAACAUGCUGGAUGAGGCCAAGAAAAGCAACUUAUAUGAGCGAUACAUCUGUGAUGUUCUCGGGGAAAACACGCUUGAUAUUGCGGAUGACAGCUACACAGUGGUGACAAUGGUGGGUCUGAGUUCAGAAAUCAUGAAGAAACUCCCAUUGAAAGCUCUUGAGGAGUUGGCAAGGGUCACGGAGAAAGGUGGACGCGUGAUGAUCAACAAUUACGACCGCAACUUUAGAAGUGACAUCAUUCGUACAAAUCUUUCUAAUCUUGAAUCUCGUAGGGUGUGGAAACUAGAAGACGAGCAAACCAUGCCAGAAAUAUCAAAUGGAGUUGGUGGUAUUUUGCAGGUUUAUAUGGUCUUGUAACCAACCAUAAAGCAACGUCACAAAACUUCUUUUUAUAAUCGGUUUUAUGUCAAUUUAUUACGUUACCAUCUGUAAGACAAUCGCUAGACUAACUAGUCUCUGAAAUGAACAUAGUAUACACAAGAUAAGUUGUUGAAUUAUCUUAAUAAAAUAUAAUGAAAAAACGGCCAAUAGACUUUCAAUUUAAACUGCAGUAAUCUAGACUAGCCAAAUAUUAUAUUUGUUUCUGUUUCUGUAUGACAGACUAGACAAACGCAUGUAGACAUAGUUCUUAAUAUUUUAUGGCUAGUUGGGGCAAGAUGACGUAUGCCAAAUAUCACUCACAUCCUUCAUGCAUAUCCAUCAGCGAGUUACGACACUUGCAAUGUCCAAACCUAAUUCUAUCUAAAAUAUCUCAACCAUCUCGACUUGAAACUUCUGGUGUCAGUCAUGUGUUCAACACAAAGAGCAUCGAUGUGGCGUCGCUGUGUAUAAAUCAUGUUGAAAACCGUUAUUCUUGUUUUAAGACAGUAAAUGUUCCUUGUAUUCGCGACAGUACUAUUUUAGAGCUACUAGGACGUCUGGCCAGUUUGCGUAUUUGAGGUAUGUCGAACGGUGACUGUGUCAUAGGGCUAUCGCACCUCAAAAACUUGACUACAAUUUAUUUCAUUUAGUAUCUGAAAAAAACUGAAACCGGAACAUCAUCAAAAAGCAUGAUUAAAACUGGUAUCCUACUAAUUAGAGCCCGUCAAAUGCAAUUACACCGUCGGGGGUCUCAUUGUUCAUUGUGGUCACACCCAUGACCCUUGUGUUUGCUUGUUUUUUAACGCCGCACUCAGCAAUAUUCCAGCUAUAUGACGGCAGUCUGUAAAUAAUCGAGUCUGAACCAGACAAUCCAGUGAUUGACAUCAUGAGCAUCGAUUAACGUAAUU